CAUCAUGGCAUUUUCGAGCACCGUGUAGCUCUAGUUGUAGGCUAGCGUGGAGAUUUUGCCGGUAGCACUAAUCCUUUACCAUCCAAGUCUUAAGUAUGGACCUCCAGUCGAGAGGCUUAUUCUGGAUGAAAAUACGUUUUCAGUAAGAAUUAGAAAAUAUAGUAUUGCUUAUUUUUCUUCUUAGUCAGUUUCAUGGCUUUGCCCGCUACUAGGGAUUUAAACAUUUGUGUUAGAAAGCUAAUAGGCUAACAGUUCUCAUCCCUUGAGCACCACUUUCCCUUUGGACCCAAGAGGUGUUUUGGCACGGCGUUUGAAAGAAAUAAACGGCAACUUAAACGCGAAUUCCAUGAAAGGCUGAGGUCACAAUUCGCUCUCUAUCGAGACCUCAUAUCUCGUUAUAGACGGCCAUCCCAAGCAGCCCAAUUGGCCGGGUAAACGCCCAAUCUGGCAACACUGCCUGCAGGGUGAGGUGCUUUAAGGAGUGCCUCCCUGCCCGUCUGCCUGCCUCUCCCAUCCCCUCCCUUGUCCCAGGCAGCACACCAGCUGGUGUCCCAAGGGAACCCUGUGGUUUGACAGACAGGUUUGAAUCUCCCUCAUGCCGAAACAAGUGAAAUGAAUAAACCACCACAGCCUUUAACGGGAGCCCCCUCCAUCCCACAACCCUCCCCUUCCCCUGGACUGGCACAGGGUGCAUACCCCCCUGGCCAGGCCCCGUCUGUUGUGUUUGCCCAGCCACCCCCACCAAUGAACACUUCAACGCAAACCCGACCGUUUGUUCCAGGGCCAGUCCUUCUCACUUCAUAUCAACAGGGGGGAUUCAGGUCCUUGCAGCCGUACUACCAGAACCGGCCUACCAUGACCAGUUCUGCCCCACGUGUCCAGCCAGGCAGCAACCCACAGCCUGUGGGGCAAAGCCAUGUGUACUCGCCCAAUAACCAGGUCAUGAUGAUCCCCCAGCAGACCCUUCAGUUCCCAAGCUCUCAAGCCCCAGCCUAUUUCAUCCAAUCCGGACAGUACCGGGCACCCUUCAUCCCACAGGCCCAGCAGUACAGUGGAACUGGAGGCUAUUACAUUGGGGCCGGUUCAGAGUACACAUACGAGCCCUCCCUUGCUGCAAGGGAGAGGCGGGGAGGUGGGGGGAGGGGCUCAGGCCGGGAGAACGGCCGCCUUGCACUUCACGGCGCUCCCCUCACCUCCCAGCGCUAUCCUGCAGCAGCUGGAAGUUACUACCCUGCUCAGCUGCCCCACACAGUCGUCAUGCCCCAGCCCCAGCAAGCAGCACGGCCUCCCCCGCAGCCAACUCCCCCCGCACCCAGCCAACCCAGACGGGCACGCAAAAUGAUUCGAAUAUGUGAUCCUAACCAAGGAGGCCGUGACAUCACAGAGGAGAUCUUGUCUGGGGUGAGGGUCUCCUCCACGCCCACACCUCCACAGUCAGCCGGGCCUGAAGGGUCAGGCAUACCACAGACCAAUGGAGAAAACGUGCCCACUGCUGCUGUGGCCAGAGCAGGUAUGCGAACGGAGUCCACUCCUCCGCCCCCUGCCAAGACCCCAGAGCCAGCAACGGUCUCGGUCCUUCCUCCUCCCCCCACCCCAGUCAAACCCGUCGCAGAGAUCAAAGAGUCUGUGGAUGACAAACGGGUCCUCAUCCCAGCCAGUGAGGAGGACUCCUCUGCUGCACAGUCUCCCCCAGCAGCCCCCACGUCCCCUGCACCUGUUGAAGUGCCUUCCCCAAGCACCACAACACAGGAGGCCAAUGGCGGCAGUGCUGUGGAUGCCGUACCUACGCCUCCACCCGCAGCCACGUCGCCUCAGGACCAAGCCCAAGAUUCUUCUACCGCCACAUCGAGUCCUACCCCACAUACAGGACCCGUGCAGAGUGAUGACUCCAAGUUGGCCAAAGAGGAAGACUCGGAAAACCAUGAGGAGGCAGAUGGACCUGUGCCGCCCCCAGCCACGGUCACGGCCAAGCCCACUCCCAGUGAGGAACCCGCCCCUGCAGCUGUGGUUGCCAAUGGCAGCAGUGGACCCACUGAGAAGCAGGAAGCCCCAGCGGUGCCUGACAUGCCUACCUCUGAAGCUGAAGUUGUAGUGGAGGAGCCCAAACUCGUUGCUCAGCCCGAAGAGACGCAGCAGCAGCUUCCCAAUGGCUUGCCCACCAGGGACCCACCCGAGGAGCUGCACCGGGGGGCGCUCGCCGAGGCAGAGGCGGCCGCCAAGGUCACGGAGGAGGCUGCCCUCAAGGUCACGGAGGAGGCUGCCCUCAAGGUCACGGAGGAGGCUGCCCUCAAGGUCACGGAGGAGGCUGCCCUCAAGGUCACGGAGGCUGCCCAAGAUGUGCAGAGUGGCCCUGCUGUGCAGGCGGCCAAGGUCACGGAGGCUGCCCCCAAGGUGACGGAGGAGGUGGGGGAAGCUGAGGAGAAGGCAGAAGAUGCUCCGUCGGCCACUGAAAGCAGCCCAGUAGGAGACUCUACUAUGCAAGCAGCUGCCUUGACUGAUCCACAGACGCAGCAGCUGAAGGACCUUGACAAAAAGGAUGAUGUGUUGAAUGAAGAGUCUGCAGAGAAGCCCCUCCCCGAGCCACCAGUGGCGGAGCGGGAACCCUCCCAGCCCCCGGCCGCCACCACGCAGGCAGAGGAAGCAGAGCAGGGGCUGCAGGAGGACACGCUGGACGGCAAGGUCACUCGACCGGAGGCCCCGAAGCCCAGUAACCACAAGUACCAGUACAAGGAAGAGGGAUGGAAGCCCAUUGAUGUGGAGGCCAAGAAACACUACGACCGUGACUUCCUCCUUGGUUUCCAGUUCGUGGGUGUCAGCUUGCAGAAGCCUGAGGGACUGCCAAACAUCGACGUGGUCCUUGACAAGGCUCACAUGGUACCGAUGCGACCUGCAGACCCGAGCCGCAUGAUGAGCUGUGGUCCAGAUUUCACUCCCUCCUUCGCCAACCUUGGCAGACCGUCUCAAAGUGGCCGUAACCUGCCUCCCUCUUCAGGCCCACGUCGCUCACAGCAAGGCGUGCGGAAGGAGCCGCGCAAGUUGGCCUUCAGCCUCUCCCUGACCGACGACGUGCAGCUCAACAAGGCCGAGAACGCCUGGAAGCCGGCGGUCAAGAAGCCGGCGUCGCGCAACAGCGGCGAGCCAGCGGAGGAGGAUGACGCUGAAGCUGCCAAGACUCAGGAGCUGUUCCGCCGCGUGCGCGGCGUGCUCAACAAACUGACUCCACAGAUGUUCCAGCAACUGAUGAAGCAGUUCACAGAGCUGACUAUCGACACAGACGAACGGCUCAUGGGCGUCAUAGACCUUAUCUUUGAGAAGGCCAUCUCCGAGCCCAGCUUCAGCGUGGCCUACGCCAACAUGUGUCGCUGCCUUAUGGGGCUCAAAGUCCCAACAGCAGACAAACAGCAGCCUGGAGAAAAGCCUAGAGUCGUGAAUUUCCGCACCCUGCUGCUCAACCGUUGUCAGACAGAGUUCGAGAAAGACAUGGACGAUGAUAAGAUAUUUGAUCUGAAACAGAAAGAGCUGGACGCAGCUGCUGAGGAGGAGGAGCGCCAGCGCCUGACGGAGGAACUGGAGCAGGCCAAGGACAAGGCCCGUUACCGCUCACUCGGCAACAUGAAGUUCAUCGGCGAACUCUUCAAGCUGAAGAUGCUGACGGAGCCCAUCAUGCACGACUGCGUGGUCAAGCUGCUGAAGAACCACGACGAGGAGAGCCUGGAGUGCCUGUGCCGCCUGCUCUCCACCAUCGGCAAAGACUUGGACAUCGAUAAGGCCAAGCGACGAAUGGAUCAAUACUUCACACAGAUGGAGAAGAUCAUCAAGGAAAAGAAGACCUCUUCUCGAAUUCGCUUUAUGCUCCAGGAUGUCUUGGACCUCCGAAAAAGCCAGUGGGUGCCCAGGAGAGGCGACCAGGGCCCUAAGACCAUCGACCGGAUACACAAGGAGGCUGAGAUGGAGGAGCAGAGAGAGCAGGUCAAAGUACAGCAGCAGUUCAUAUCCAUGUCCACCAAGAAGGAAAUGGGCGGCCGGGGCGGCUCCACAGGGCGCGGAGGCGGUGGCCCCCACCACAUGGGAGGCGGGCGGAACAGCCAGCCACAGGACGAGGGAUGGAGCACGGUACCCAUCUCCAAAAACCGCCCCAUCGACACCAACCGACUCAGCAAGAUCACAAAGCCUGGUGCUUUGGACGCUAGCAGCCAGCUGCUGGCACCAGGUGGGAUGGGCAUGUUCGGAAGCUGGGGGCGGGGUAGCAACGGCGGCAUCGGGGCCAAAACCACCGCAGCAGACCAAGAUCCUGGACGGGCUGCACCCAGCACUCUCAACCGGUUUUCAGCGCUGCAGCAGUCUGGGCCUUCCUCUUCCUCUUCUCAGGAUGCAGACAGGAACCAGCCUCACAGACGGAGUACCAGCAGGGAGGGUAAGGACCGUGAUCGGCCCAGGGACCGAUUUGACCAGCGAGAGUCACAUGACAACAGGAGCACAGACCUCUUCCACACAGCCAACACCAAGCGCAGCUUCAGCAGAGAGAGCGAUGAGCGGAGUCGGGGCGGCGACCGCCGCGGCCCUGGAGAUGCGGUGCGCCGCGUUGCCAGCAUGACUGACGACCGAGACCGCAGCAGCAGAGACCGUGGCAACCGUGGCCAUGGAAGCCGGGACCGUAGCAGCCGGGACCGUAGCAGCCAGGACCGGGAGAGGAGCAAAGACAGUGUGAAGAGAGAAGCUGCGCCCACGCCGCCUCCCAGCAAACCUGCCAUGAGUGAGGAGGAGGUGGACAAGAAGUCCACUGCCAUCAUUGAGGAGUACUUGCACAUCAACGACCUUAAGGAAGCAGUCCAGUGUGUGCGCGAGCUAAACAGUGCCUCGCUGCUCUUCGUGUUUGUGCGGAACGGUGUGGAGUCCACCCUGGAACGCAGCACCAUCGCGAGGCAGCACAUUGGCCUGCUGCUCCACCAGCUGGUCAGCAAUGGAACACUCGUACCCGAGCAGUACUACAAAGGGCUUUACGAGAUCCUUGAGGUGGCCGAUGAUAUGGCGAUAGACGUUCCCCACAUCUGGCUGUACUUGGCGGAGAUCAUCACCCCCAUGCUCCAUGAUGGAGGCAUGCCUAUGGGCCAGCUCUUCAGGGAGGUGUCCAAGCCUUUGCAGCCAAUGGGGAAAGCUGGUGUGCUGCUUGUCCAGAUCCUACAUCUGCUCUGCAAGGAACAAAGCCAUAAAAAGGCAGGGGCCACUUGGAAGGAGGCUGUCCUCAGCUGGAAGGACUUCCUACCAGAGGAUGAGGAUGUGGCCGCGUUUGUUGCUGAACAGAAGGUGGAAUUCACACUGGGAGAUGAAUGUGAGAACCUCACCCCUAAAGAACUGUCAAGCGAGGAGAUCAGCAAGCACCUGGACCGCCUCUUCAAGGACAAGUCCAACAACCAAAGGAUCUACGACUGGGUGGAGGCCAACCUCAAUGAACAGCAGAUUGGUGCCAAUAAGUUUGUGCGUGCCCUGAUGACCUCUGUGUGCCAGGCCGCCAUAAUCUGUGAUAACCUCCACAAGGUGGAUGUUGAGCAAAUUAAGCAGAGGGCCAUAUUGCUGCAGAAAUACCUGUGUGAUGAGCAGAAGGAGCUCCAAGCGCUGUAUGCCCUCCAGGCUCUAAUGGUGCAUUUGGAGCAGCCACCCAACUUGCUUCGCAUGUUCUUCGACACGCUGUAUGACGAGGACGUCAUCAAGGAAGAGGCCUUCUACAAGUGGGAGACCUGCAAGGACCCGGCCGAGCAGCAAGGGAAAGGUGUUGCGCUGAAGUCAGUCACUGCUUUCUUCACGUGGCUCCGGGAGGCGGAAGAGGAGUCGGAUAAUAAUAGCUAAAGCCUUGCCCUGCCUCUGCUGCCCAGGGGGGGGUGGUGCACUCAAGACUGGCUCAGACGCACAGGAGAGGACCUUGCGGGACUUAAAAUAAGAAACAAUUAUGUGCUUGUUGAGCAGACCAUCCUUGUUUAUGGUGUGCUGCUCACAAAGACUUCUACAAUCAUCUCUCUUCCCUAUUCCCUCUGCCUCCUCUUUGCGGCAGAUGUACCAAAUGAAAGUUGAAAAAGGACAACAAAAAACAGUGGAGAUGAAAAAAGACUACAUGAAAUGCGUUUUAUCACAUGGUGAACUUCUAAUGCAUCAAAAAAGGCAAAAAAUACAAAAGGAUACAAACCAACGCUGCUCUUAUUUUGUUAGAAACUUAAAUGCAACCUUGUAAGACUUGCAAGCAUGAGUGGCAAAAUGCCGCAAUGUAUUUUCUAACCUCUAAUCAACAUACCCGAAUGAGCAGAGAUUCAAGUGCAUCGAUGAAAACGACAGACUGAAUAGCUUAAACCUUAACUAACAUUUCUGUUCUGAAUGGAUUUUGAGCUGGGUCUGCUACUUUUCUCCCUGACACCUUCCUUUGGAUUUUAUGUUUACAUCGCUGGGUAUAACCGGAUGAACGAGGAGGACGGAUAAUGGAUGGACUUUGACCUUUUGACCUUUUCUGCGGAGGCAGGGGAUGCAUUCCAAUAUGCAGACUCCUGUCCUCCACUUGUGCUUGUGGCCUCCUGGCCCCGCCUCCAUGGAGAAAAACUGUUAAGUUUCUCAGCUGUCAGCCUAGCCACAACAACUUGUGGGGGACUGUUUUUCAUUCACCAUCCCAAUUGCAAAUGAGAAAAUGACAUUAGAAUUGUGCUUUUCCAAGAUAUUAAAUGAAUUCUCUGUCGUCAGUGACAUCAUGAGGUCACAAGCAGGCAAGUGAGCAAGGGAGGACGGAAGUCGGCAUAUUGGAAUCCACCCAAGGUUGACAUGCUUCCUCUUAAAAGCCAUCCCCCACAACCUGCUGCUCCUACUCUACUCCCCUCCCCCCUCCCCAAAUUGUCUGGUUGUCAUAACUAAUACCUCUCUUGCUUUUUAUGAACAGCCAAGGCCUCCUUCAAAUUAAAGGUCCAUGCCAGCAAGCUAGCAAUGGCACUUCAAAAUGAAUAUAAUUUAAACUUGAAUAAUAUUAACUUGAUAAAGUGACAGAAGCCUUUUCUACUUUAAGUGGAUCUUUAUGUAAAUAUAUAUAUAUAAGUAUAUAUAUAUAUAUAUAUAUAUAUAUAUAAAACUUAAGUUUUUUUGUUUUCUUUUUCAGAAAUAUAAAAAAUGAGAAGCUUGUGUAUUGCCAUGUAUUUUUGUGGCAUUUAAGUCCCCCUGUCUUCUUCCAGCUGGUGAGAGGUGCUUAAAGCGAUGAACUGUUGACAUUUUUUGUGAGUAUGUAAAUAUAUUUUGCGUUUAUUAUUUAAGGAAUUGUGUGGCAUUUUUUUGCACCAGAAACUGGAAAAGCUGGUUUGGUAAAGGGAAAUUGCAAAUAAAAGACUGUCAAUAUAUUACAAAAAA